AUGGAAGACGUAAUGUUAGGCAACACUGGAGUUAAGGUCGAGAAGGGAAUGUCCGUCGAAAUUCCUGUAUAUGCCAUACAUCACGACCCCGACCACUAUCCGGAUCCAUUUACCUUCAGCCCGGAUAGGUUUAUGCCCGAAAACAGGGGUCAUAUGAAAGCCUACACUUACCUGCCUUUCGGAUCG